UGGGCUUCCUUCUUGUCAUUACUGUUUUUCCGAUUCACAAGCCCACGAACACCGCUGGGCUCAGUGUAUCCAUCUCUUCUUGUUCUUGGAACUAAUCUUCCAUUAUUUAAAGCUGCUCGCACCAUGGACGCUACCCUUUAUCCGAUCUUAUUUGGGGAGCUCGGGGACCUUAAUUGUAGUUUGAUAGAUGCUCUCCAAGACACUUUUUUGGAAAACGCUCCAUUGUCAUUGCUGAGCGCUGAUGGUUUAUAUUGCAAUCCUACCACCGAUGAGAUUGGAACCUGCUGGCCGCGGAGCAGCACCGGGAGGAUUGUAGAGAGACCCUGCCCUGAGUACAUCAACGGAGUGAAGUACAACACAACCAGGAGUGCUUACAGGGAAUGCAUGGAUAAUGGGACAUGGGCAUUGAAAAGCAAUUACUCCAAUUGUGAACCCAUUUUGGAGGAGAAGAGAAAGUAUCCAAUGCAUUAUAAAAUAGCCCUGAUCAUCAACUACCUAGGUCACUGUAUCUCUGUGGGAGCUCUGGUCGUGGCCUUCAUUCUUUUCUUGUGCUUAAGGAGCAUACGAUGUCUUCGAAACAUCAUCCACUGGAACUUGAUCACCACGUUCAUACUGAGAAAUGUGAUGUGGUUUUUGCUUCAGUUGAUUGACCACAAUAUUCAUGAGAGCAAUGAGCCUUGGUGUCGAUUAAUUACAACAAUAUACAACUACUUUGUGGUGACAAACUUCUUCUGGAUGUUUGUUGAAGGAUGUUACCUACACACAGCCAUCGUAAUGACUUAUUCAACAGAUAAGCUCAGAAAGUGGGUCUUCCUUUUCAUCGGCUGGUGUAUUCCAUUCCCUAUAAUAGUAGCUUGGGCUAUAGGAAAGUUGUAUUAUGAAAAUGAACAAUGUUGGUUUGGUAAAGAGCCUGGAAAAUAUAUGGACUAUAUUUACCAGGGACCAGUUAUUCUUGUGCUACUGAUAAACUUUGUUUUCCUCUUCAACAUAGUACGAAUACUUAUGACCAAACUAAGAGCUUCAACCACGUCUGAAACAAUACAGUACAGAAAAGCUGUGAAAGCAACACUGGUCUUGUUACCUCUGCUAGGCAUCACCUACAUGCUCUUCUUUGUGAAUCCGGGGGAGGAUGACAUCUCACAAAUUGUUUUCAUCUAUUUCAACUCCUUUUUACAGUCUUUUCAGGGGUUCUUUGUGUCAGUCUUUUACUGCUUUCUAAAUGGAGAGGUACGUUCUGCAGUAAGGAAAAGGUGGCACCGCUGGCAGGACAACCACGCCCUACGACUGCGAGUGGCUCGAGCCAUGUCCAUCCCCACGUCUCCAACCAGGAUAAGCUUCCACAGCAUCAAACAGACCACAGCUGUGUGACAAGAACAUACUCUCCACAACAACAUCUAAGGGAACAGACGUAAUCUGUUUGUCUAGUACAGACACUGAAGUGACUCGCAGAACGGACUGAUUCCUCCAACAAGGCCGUGAUGUGUCCAGUGUGAAUAAAGAGCCAGGCAAUGUCUCGUGUCUGGUGAAAACUAUUUAUUGCGUCUAAAAGAAAACUUUGACCAUAAACGAAGUCAAAUGGGCAAAUAAUUCUUGGAAAAUGAAUGUCCCGUGACAUAUUGUAACAUGUGUCAGAGUGUUUGAUGUUUUCUGGUGUGUAUUUAACAGCCUUAAAUGGCAUUAUCAGCAAACUGUCACAUCAUACUCAGUCUUUUCAUCUUACUGCUUAGUGGUUGUUAGUGGAACAAGAUAAUCCUACAGGAUUUGCAGCAGGAUACUUCAGAAGCUCACGCACAUGUAGACAUCUGUUCCAUUGUUACUUAGUGAGAGACGUUGACCGAGCUGCACUUAAAAUGCUGUCAGAUUUAUAUUUAGUGCAAUUAAAGGAUGAAAGAAAGAAAGGAUAAUUAUACAUAUAAAAACUAUAUGGUUUAAAAGACAUAAGAUU